CGGCAUUGUCUCGUUGUUUCCUGCAGUUUCCCGCUGUUCUAUUUUCGUGACUAUUCGAGGUGACACUGGACAGAUAUUAACAGAUAUUCAUCGAGAUGGAUAACGAUUUACCGUACAUGGUAGAGUACGCGAAAAGCGAUCGCUCGAAGUGUCAAUUAUGCAAGCAAUCAAUUAUGAAGACGAGUUUAAGACUCGCCGCCGUUGUUCAGAGUCCUGUUCAUGAUGGGAAGAUACCUAGAUGGUAUCACUUCAAAUGCUUCUUUUCAAAACAAAGACCAAGUUCCACUAAUGACAUAGCUUGUUUCGAUCAGAUUCGCAAUAAAGAUCAAGAUGCAAUUCGAAAGAAAAUUGAAGAAUGUCGUAAUGCACCUUCUGUAUCAAAAGGAAGGAAAAGAACAAAAGGUGGUGCUUCUGGAGAUUUUAGAGUGGAAUAUGCUAAGUCUAGCAGAGCCACUUGUAUAGGAUGCCAAGAAAAGAUAAUAAAAGGCGAAACAAGAAUAGCAAAGAAAGAUUAUGAGAGCGAAGAAGCUAGGAGGUUUGGUGGUUUGGACAGAUGGCUUCAUGUGGAAUGUUUCGCGAAACUAAGAGCGGAUAUGGGAUAUUAUGGCAGAGGAGAUGAACUUCCCGGUGCCAAACAACUCUCAAAAGAAGAUCAGGCAAAUCUCAAAGCUUCAUUGCCUAAAAUGAAUCAAGGCGAUGUACCACCACCUGCUAAAAAGGUUAAGGAUGAACCAGAAGAUAUAGAGGAAGCAAAGUUGAUAAAAAAACAAAAUGAUGAGCUAUAUGCUAUAAAAGAUAAAAUAUCACAUCUUGGAAAGAAAGAAAUGAGUGAAUUAUUAGAAGAAAAUGAUCAAGGGAUUCCAAGUGGUACAUCAAAUAUCACAAGUCUCUUAACUGAUAUACUAUAUUUUGGAGCUCUACAACCCUGUCCAAAAUGUAAUGGACAGCUCGUAUACAAUUCUGGUUUGGGUUAUAAAUGCACUGGCAAUGCAACAGAAUGGAGUAAAUGCGAGUAUGUUACACAAGAUCCAAAAAGGAAACUAUGCAAAAUACCAAUUGAUAUGGAGGCAUUUCCAAUUAAAUCAUACAAAUCUAAGAUAAGAAAACGAAUAUUUAAAAUAACAAUGCCGUCUUCGUCGGGUGUUAUUAAAAAAGAGGAAGAUGAAGCAGAUGGACCGAAAAUACAAGGAAAACCACGUCCUUUAAAGAACAUGCAGUUUGUUAUAUUAGGUCGUACACAGAAAGAUAAAGAGGAAUUGAAAAAGGAAAUUUUAUUGUUGGGUGGUAGUGUUGUAACAAAAAUCCAUCAAGAUUUGGCUGCUGUAAUUUCGAAUCAAAAUGAAGUGGAUAAGAUGAAUAAAAGAAUGGAAGAUGUUAAAUUACACGACAUUCAAGUAAUAACGGAAGAUUUUAUAGAAGAAGCAAAAGAGUACACAGAUUCUCCCAUCAUGCUGCUAAAAAAGAAAACUAUUUCUAACUGGGGUGGCGACAUUAAUGCUAGACUUUCUAAUGUUAUCACAAAAUCUGCUUCUAAGAGUAAGAGCAAAUUUGAGAAGUCAGGUUCUGGUAAAAUGAAGGUAAAGGUGAAAGGCGGUGGAGCUGUCGAUCCCGAUAGCGGUUUAGAAGAUGUUGCACAUAUUUAUCAAAAAGGCAAAGAUAAAUACACUGUCACGUUAGGUCUAACGAACAUACAAUCGAAGAAAAACAGUUAUUACAAGCUGCAAAUUUUGAAACAUGACAAGCAUGAAAAAUAUCACUUGUUUAGAAGUUGGGGCCGAAUUGGUACUACAAUUGGCGAUAACAAAUUGGAUAGAAUGUCUUUGGAAGAGUGUAUAGAACAGUUUGAAUCGUUGUAUGAGGAGAAGACGGGUAAUCAGUGGAAGAAUAGAGAGCAUUUUGUCAAAGUACCGAAUUUGAUGUAUCCGAUCGAGAUAGAUCAUGGGGAUCAGGAGGUUAUUUCCCUAGAUUCAGAUAUUAAGAGUAAUUUGCAGAAACCAAUUCAGGACCUGAUGCGCCUUAUUUUUGAUGUAGAUGAGAUGAAAAAAGUUAUGUUGGAGUUCGAGAUAGACCUGGAUAAGAUGCCGCUCGGAAAAUUGUCUAAGAAACAAAUUGAGAAAGCUUAUGCCGUUUUAACGGAGUUGCAAGAGGCGUUAAAAAUAAUGACUGAUGACGUGGAUCGCGCUACAUUGAUCGAUGCUUCCAAUAGAUUCUAUACACUGAUACCACACAAUUUUGGAGUUUCCGGGCCAAAAAUUCUUGAAUCAUUGGAAGAAAUCAAGACCAAGUGUGAUAUGCUGGAUGCAUUGCUUGAGAUGGAAGUCGCGUACAAUCUUUUGUGUGAUAAGACUAACGAAAAAGAGAAUCCACUCGAUAGUCAUUAUAAGCAGUUAAAGACGGAUAUCGAAGUAAUGGAUAAGAUGAGCGAAGAAUUUAAGAUGAUCGAGAAGUAUGUCAAGAAUACUCAUGCAGCUACUCAUAAGCAGUACGAACUCGAAAUCAAGGAAGUGUUUAUUAUUAAGAGACAAGGAGAAGAACAGAGGUUUAAGCCUUUCAAGAAAAUGCCCAACAAAAAGUUGCUCUGGCACGGAUCCAGAACUACGAAUUACGCAGGAAUAUUGUCUCAAGGUUUGCGCAUCGCACCGCCAGAAGCGCCCGUUACUGGUUACAUGUUCGGCAAGGGUAUAUAUUUCGCCGAUAUGGUGUCGAAGUCUGCAAAUUAUUGUUGCACACAUAGCCAGAAUCCAACUGGUUUGUUGCUGCUUUGCGAAGUUGCUUUGGGUAAUAUGUACGAGAAGUAUCAAGCGGACUACAUCGAGAAGCUACCGAAAGGAAAACAUUCGACAUUGGGUCGUGGCCAGACGCAACCUGAUCCGCAAACUGUCUACAAGACCAAGGACGGCGUUGAAAUACCUUAUGGAAAGGGAGUACCUGCUAAACUUAAUAAAACUUCGGCAUUAUUAUACAAUGAAUACAUCGUAUAUGAUGUUGCUCAGGUAAGAGUACGAUAUUUAGUAAAAAUGAAUUUUAAAUACAAAUAUUAA